AUGUAUCGUAUUCCGUUGUUGCCUUCUCCGCGAGUCUGGUACUCUGCAAACCCAAACCUUUUAUUACCAAGGAUACCUGCCAGGCUGUUGAAUAAUCCUCCCAGCAGCAGCUUAAGGUUCCUCGCUCGUUCCGGAUCGGUCUCUUUUUCGUCGUCGUCAUCGUCAUCGUUAUCGUCCUUACGCUCUCCGUCUCGCCUGCCAACCCGCUUCUCUACUGAAUCCACUGCUGCUACUCCCCUCCGUCAAUUCCAAAAGAGAUAUUGCUCCUACCGCAGAAUGUGUCGUUCCAGGCAUGCUGAUGAGCCCUCCGGCUCGACCAAUCUCGCCCAUGGCCGCGAGGUUCUGCCCACCAACGUCAAGCCGCUGCAUUAUGACCUGACCUUGGAGCCCGAUUUUGACAAGUUUACCUAUGAGGGUACCGUGGUGAUUGACCUCAAUGUCGUCGAGGACACCAACUCCAUCUCCCUCAACUCCAACGAGAUCGACAUCCACAGCACCACCGUGUCGGCCAACGGGGUCGUCGUCACCUCCAGCCCCGAAGUGACCUACGACAGCGACAAGCAGGUCACGACGGUCAGGUUCGCCGAGACCAUCCCGGCCGGGUCCAAGGCCCAGCUGAAGCACACCUUCACGGGAUACCUCAACGACAAUAUGGCUGGGUUCUACCGGUCAUCCUACAAGACCAAGGAUGGAGAGAAGAAGUACAUUGCGUCCACUCAGAUGGAGCCCACCGAUGCGCGCCGUGCGUUUCCGUGCUUUGAUGAGCCGGCUCUGAAAGCCGAGUUCACCGUCACCCUCAUCGCCGACAAGCACAUGACUUGUCUGAGCAACAUGGAUGUCGCGUCCGAAACCGAGGUCGAGUCGAAUGGAAGGAAGAAGAAAGCGGUCAAGUUCAACAAGUCUCCGCUCAUGUCCACCUAUCUGGUCGCCUUUGUUGUCGGUGAGCUCAAUUACAUCGAGACCAACAACUUCCGAGUGCCGGUUCGUGUGUACGCGACGCCGGAUCAGGAUAUUGAGCACGGCCGCUUCUCCCUGGAGCUCGCGGCUAAGACGCUCGCCUUCUACGAGAAGACUUUCGACAGCCAAUACCCUCUCCCCAAGAUGGAUAUGAUCGCUAUACCCGAUUUCAGCGCCGGCGCCAUGGAAAACUGGGGCUUGGUCACGUACCGGAUCGUCGACCUCCUCCUGGAUGAGAAGACCAGUGGAGCGUCCGUGAAGGAACGGAUCGCGGAGACGGUCCAGCACGAACUGGCUCACCAGUGGUUCGGCAACCUCGUCACCAUGGACUUCUGGGAUGGCCUCUGGCUCAACGAGGGUUUCGCCACGUGGAUGUCGUGGUACUCGUGCAACGCCUUCUACCCGGAAUGGAAGGUGUGGCAGACCUAUGUGAUUGACAACCUCCAGUGUGCCUUGUCCCUCGACUCGCUGCGCAGCAGUCACCCCAUCGAGGUGCCCGUCAAACGCGCGGAUGAAAUCAACCAGAUCUUCGACGCCAUCUCGUACUCCAAGGGUUCGUCAGUGUUGCGCAUGAUCUCCAAAUACCUGGGCGAGGACACCUUUAUCCAGGGUGUGCGGAAUUACAUCAAGAAGCACGCCUAUGGGAACACCCAGACCGGAGACCUGUGGGCGGCAUUGGCAGACGCCAGUGGCAAGCCUGUCGAGAAGGUGAUGGACAUUUGGACCAAGUACGUCGGCUUCCCCGUCGUCCAGGUCACUGAAGAUGCCAGUGCUGGGACCCUGAAGAUGAAGCAGAACCGUUUCCUCCGAACGGGAGAUGUACGGCCCGAAGAGGAUCAGACGAUCUACCCCGUGUUCCUGGGGUUGAGGACGAGACACGGUGUCAUGGAAGACCUCGUGCUUGACAAGCGGGAGGGAGAAUUCAAGGUUCCCGACCUUGAUUUCUUCAAGCUCAACGCUGAUCACUCGGGGCUCUACCGCACUUCUUACACCCCGGAGCGACUGGAGAAACUCGGACAGGCCGCCAAGGCGGGACUGCUCACUGUUGAGGAUCGCGCGGGUAUGGUUGCCGACUCGGGCGCCUUGGCUGCGGCGGGUUACCAGAGGACGUCCGGAUUGCUCUCCCUCUUGAAGGGCUUCGACACCGAGUCGGAAUAUAUCGUGUGGAACGAGAUGCUGACUCGGGUCGGUGCGGUUCGUGCCGCGUGGUUGUUCGAAGACCGCAAAGUCCUUGAUGCGUUGAAGGCCUUCCAGCGCAACCUGGUCAGUGCCAAGGCGCACGAGCUUGGCUGGGAGUUCUCAGAGAAUGACGGCCAUAUCUUGCAGCAAUUCAAGGCACUCUUGUUUGGCAGCGCCGGCGCGGCGGAUGAUCCUGUGGUGGUGGAAGCCGCCAAGGACAUGUUCAAGAGGUUUGCGGAGGGUGAUCAUAGCGCGAUUCACCCCAACAUCCGUGGUAGCGUCUUCAGCAUUGCCCUAAGACAUGGUGGGGAGAAGGAGUACGAGGUCGUUCUGGACCGGUUCCGCCACGCGCCCACUUCGGAUGAGAAGAACACGGCUCUUCGGUCGUUGGGUGCUGCGGAGGACAUCAAGCUGAUCCAAAGAACCUUGGAGCUCGCCGGUAGCGACGAGGUGAGAAACCAGGAUAUCUACAUGCCGCUGGCGAGCCUGAGGGGCCACGCUCAGGGUGUGCAGGAGCGGUGGAACUGGCUCAAGAAGAACUGGGACAAGGUGGUUGCGCGGUUCCCUCCGUCGUUGGGCAUGCUGGGCACAGUGGUCCAGAUCUCGACCUCUUCUUUCUGCACGGAGGAGCAGCUGAAGGAUGUGGAGGAGUUCUUUGCGCCGAAGGAUAAGAAGGGCUACGACCGAGCUGUCCAACAGAGCCUGGAUGCCAUCCAGGCCAAGGCCCACUGGCUCAAGCGGGAUCGCGAGGAUGUCGAGCAAUGGCUCAAGAGCAAUGGGUAUCUCCUGGACCAGAAGCUGUGA